AUGUCGACAGAGUCUAGCACUACCAUCCUUGCCUUUGCCUUUUGUUUCUUGUCCCUCCUUAGUUUCACUUACUCCAACACCACCGACGACAAAAUCUACCUCACCGGCCUGGUCUACUGUGACAACUGCCAAUUGAAGUCUAUGACCGAGAUUAGUAAGAUGAUUCCAGGUGCAAAGGUGCGAUUGGAGUGUAGGGAGGGGGGGAACAUAAAAUUGAGCGAAGAGGGCGAAACCAGCCAGCUUGGACUAUACGUGUUUGAGUUGGAAAAAUCUACGAGGCCUCUGAAUGAUUGUCAAGUGACACUGCUACACAGCCCUGACCCUGAAUGCAAGAUUUCCCAUGAAGUCGACCCUAACAACAAAUCGAAAACUGCGCCGGUGGCCACCCGGAAGCUCAACCUAUUGGAAGGAGACAGUGUCGUUUUCAUCGGACCAAGCCACCGUGUUUCCUACCCUCUUGGUUUGGUCGUUGAGAAAGCUCGUCCCGAGUGCGAGCAGUUCGCCAAAGCGCGCAGGCAUUUUCAGAACUAA